AUGGAGAGCGGCCGUGGCCUGCACGGGCACCGGUGGCGAGGGGCCAUUACACGAGACUGCUCCUUACAGUUCGCAGGUGCGGGGAAAGCAGAGCUAAGCUGGCACCGCGCCCCUCCUAUCCUUCUGAGGAGCCCGGGAACCGGCUCUCCCCAGACGCCAGGAGAAAACGCGCCGGGUGCAGAAGGAGCCCGGAGAGCGCCCCGAGCCACGUCGGCGGCGGCAGGCGGGCGGGCGCGCAGAGAGAGGCGCCCGCCUCACGGCGCUUUCGCCCUUUGCAGCGCGCGCUGCGCGGGAAGCCGCCAUGGACCGCGACGCCCGGCGAGCAGCCGCGUAAGCGCCGGCGCCGAGCCUGCUCCCGCGGCCUCCGCCACCCGCGACGCGAGCCGCGGACCGGGACGGCCGGCCGGGGCGGCGCGCCGUUCCGCAGGCGGGCGGCCGGCGGCGGCGAACGCGGCGCGGGAGCGCAGCCGCGUGCAGACCCUGCGGCACGCCUUCCUGGAGCCGCAGCGCACGCUGCCGUCCGUGCCGCCCGACACCAAGCUGUCCAAGCUGGACGUGCUACUGCUGGCUACCACCUACAUCGCGCACCUCACCCGCAGCCUGCAGGACGACGCCGAGGCGCCGGCGGACCCGGGACUGGGCGCCCUGCGCGGCGACGGCUACCUGCACCCUGUCAAGAAAUGGCCCAUGCGAUCAAGAUUAUACAUCGGUGCUACUGGUCAGUUUCUGAAGCAUUCUUUCUCUGGAGAAAAAGCAAAUCAUGACAACAGUCCAACAGACUCACAGCCUUAGGCUUCUAGGAGCUGGUAACAGUGGUUGCUAUUGUUUUAAAUACUAUGAAAUAAUUCUAUAUUUAUUAUAUUAGACCUAACAAAUAUCAUUUCUGAAAGUUUACAUAUGAAUGCAUAGUUGGGUGUUAGAUCUGUCUAAUAUAAACAUGGAAUGAAAUAAUCGGUCUUAUAUAAAACACACAGCUUAUCUAUUCAUUGUCAGAGAGUCAGUGCUAUAUAGUACAAGAGAAACUAUUAGGAAAAAGACAUGAAAGCAAACAAUUGUAUAUCCAAAGAAUGUACACAUUUUCUGUAGUGUAUCCAUUAAAAACCAAAAAACUGAUAUCUACUGAUAUAAUCUUAGUUUAAAAAGAUUAAAUCUGUGUUUGUAAUACACCAGUAUUUCAUUUUUGUGAAAACCAGAUUGUACUUGUAGUUGGUCUAAGAAACCAUUUCAGUUGGAAGGUGCAAGAUCAUUUAUUCAGUUUAGUUGAAUAUGUAUGAAAAGACUUGUAGUAAUAUAAAAAUGCAGUAACUUCUAUCACUAGUUACUUUUCCCUGUUAGAAAACUUAGAGUGUUAGAGAUGGUUUGCUCUAUACGACAGGACUUGGCCACCUUCUUAGAGGGUUAUUCAGUAUCUUACUAUACAAAUUGUGGAAGGCACUGGGAAUCCCUGCAGCCCAGUGUGAGCAGAACACCAGGUGUCACUGGGCAGCAGCACUCGUCACCCUCCCUGGUCAGUCUAUAUCCACCCCACCCUCUUUCAGGUCCUGGGCUAGGUAAACAGGUUCAGCUGCAGCCACCGUGGAGAGAGUGGCAUGUUCAGGUCUGGCAGGAGCCUCGAGUGAACCCAUGAGCCUCCUCACAGUCAAUGCUCUGAUCAGGCUUCUCCCCUUGUCAGUUGCCAUUCACAAUCUCCCUGCCUCACAUUGUGAAAUGGGAGAGAUCCAGUCUGAUUUGGGAGUUCUGGCAAGGAUCUGCACCUUGAGAGGGUCCGAGGACACAGAGUGACCAUCCUGAGAUGAAUUCAGGAUAGAGCAGACCCCUUGAAAUCUGCCCUGCUAUGAACUUCCUCUGUGGCCUCUCCCAUCACACCACGUGCUGUCGAGUGCCCAGGGGGCAGCUGGUCUGACUGACUGCACCAGUGGUUCCAGUUUUAAGCAGGAGUCUGGAGGUUAGGACCAUGGAGUAGAGAGAUUUGUCAGGGAACACAUUGAACCCUAAAACAAUGAGGUUCAGUAGAGACAUCUGAAAAAAAAUCAGCCUCAGUCAUUCCCUUUUACCUACCCUUCUUGCUUUUCUCCUCAGUCUUUACUGUUUCCCUUUCCAGUUGUUUUGUGUUUUCACCUCAGUUUUCUAGCUUUUGGCAGUGAAGGUAAAGUAAAAGAUUAUUUGGGCCGGGCUCAGUGGCUCAUGCCUGUAAUCACAGCACUUUGGAAGGCUGAGGUGGGAGGAUCAUUGAGGCCAGGAG